AUGGCACGAACGAGAGGCACCAAAAGUACUGCCAGUGAAACCCACGUCCUCAACUUCUUCGACUAUGACGACGGCUGUGCACUAACAACAAUUUUGAAGAACUUCCGUUUUCAUGUCGUCGCCGGCAGGAAAUGUUUAUGUUUUAACGAUGUAAAUGGACAAUCGAUCUUGGACCAAUACGAGGAGUUGAUUGGUGCAGUACGAGAUCGGACCGAGAGGGAAGAGAAGCAUGAAAAGGAAAGGCAGAAGGGAAAUAUUGACGUACAGGGUGCAUACCGACCAAAGGGAGGACAGAAAAGUAUUGCAAUAUCCAACAGUCUGGAGAAAGACAAUGAUAGUGAUGUGGAUAUCACUGAGUCGCCGAAGAAACGUUUUGCUGCAGAGGGAGAAACCGACGACGUCAGAGUGGAAUUCACAAGACAGAAUGAUCAGGAUCCUGAAAAUGAUCUCGCCCAGUGGAUGCUGGCACCUUUUUCUGAAGGUUUAGGCCCCUCCCGAACUGUCAAACCGCGAGAGACAGAGUGUUCAAAAAUGGUAUCCGAGACGUACAUACUUUUACAAUCUGGAAACCCAAAACUGCAAAUUAGCCGAAAUCUUCGACAGAAUUGGAGAAGUGAAUGGAGAGGAGAAUUUCAGAUCUAA